CUUCAAGUUCUGUUGAGAAACUAAUUUAGCUAACGUUAGCUAGUUAGCAUUCCAGAUAAUCGUUUCCAUUGUUUUGGUCGAUUUCAACUGGAUCUCUACCCCAUGUAAUCUAGCUAGAUGUUCCGACGUAUUCGACUCGUUUGGCUUUUGAACAUCAUGACAGAAAUAACCUGCGAACUGGUUAGCUGAAGUAGCUGGAUGUUAGCUACCCGCGUUAUUUGGCUAGUUAGCGAACUAAUUAGCUUACGUGUUUAGCUAACUCUGGCUAGCUAUGUCUUAAUCUUGUUGAUAACUACAAAGAAGCAAAGCCCCAGUCGUGUGUAUUGUUGUGAUCUUUAUACACAUAACGUUAGUUACUUUUGUGGUUGAGAUGAUUAAUUGCAUGUAUAGAUUUAGCCAGAUCAAGAUUAUAUUCCUUGUUUCACUUAACGUUAGCUAGCUAGGUAACGGUAAUUGAUUGCCAAAUAACGUUCAUCCGGUAAGUUAAUUUGACAUUUUAAAACCUGCAUCGUUGGGAAUGGUUCGUAAGCAAGCAUUUCGCUGUAAAGUCUACACCAGUUGUAUUCGGGUCAUGGGAUGAGUACAAUUUGAUUUGGAACAUCAAUGCAUAUUGUUAGCCUUUGCUUUGGCUUCGCAAUCGCAGUUAACAUUGCUAGCUAACGUUAGUACUCAUGCUAGACCUGUCAUACGAAAUCUUGUAUAUUUUUGUAUUGGUUUUGAUAACAACCGUUCUUCCGUACUUUGGCAUUGUACUAUAGUUAAUAUUUAGACAAGCUAUCUAGCUAGUUACCAGGUACUGUGGGUUUAUGAAUAUUUCUCUCCAUUCUGCAUUACGGUGACGCAGUUACUCGGACCAGUGUUUAACGUUAACUAGCACCUACGACAAUAUUUGCGAGAAACUCCUGUAUGUGUCGGAAUAUCGUUAUUUGUUGUAGUUCUAUGUACGUUAACUGGUUAGCUAGCUAGUAGCGUAGCGAUCAUUGAUGUCACCCCCUGUCAGAACAACCACAAUUCGUCGGGACAUGGACCCUACAAGGUGUCGAAAGCAUUCCACAUGGAUGCUGGCCCAGGUUGACUACAAACUGUUGAAGCGUUGAGUGUGAGGGGGAAAAAACAGCAGUGGGGGCAGUUCUUAACAACAAACCUGUGAGCCUGGAACCUACUAUAAUACCCCAUUCAAAGGCACUUAAAUAUUUUGUCUUGCCAAUUCAUCCUCUGAAUGGCGCACAUACACAAUCCAUGCUGAAUUGUCUUAAGGCUUAAAAAUCCUUCUUUAACCUGUCUCUUCCCCAUCAUCUACACGGAUUGAAGUGGAUUUAACAAGUGACAUAAGAUAGUACACAGUGUUCGGACUGGCUGAGGAGGCAGAUCUACAGACAAUAUCACAUACGCUGGACAGAUUUAAUCUUAUAGAUUUGAAUGGACAAGGAGACCAGAAAUACAUAGCCCAGCUAGUUAACCCGUGUGGUGACUCCGCAAUGCCUGUGAAGAAGAAGAGGAAGUCUUCAGGGUCAGAUGACCCGGGACUCAGGAAGUGUAAAAUCACCUGUUUCUGCAGACCCCAGGCUCCAGGCCGGUUGAUCAGCCCAGAGGACCAGUUCUCCAAUAAGAAAUGUCUGGCCUGGUUCUACGAGUACACAGGUCCAGAUGAGGUGUUGGGUCCAGAGGGGAUGGAGAAGUUCUGUGAAGACAUUGGAGUGGAACCAGAAAACAUAAUCAUGUUAGUUUUAGCUUGGAAACUAGAAGCACCAAAUAUGGGAUUUUUCACUAAGGAGGAGUGGCUUAAGGGAAUGACUUUACUACAGUGUGACUGCAUAGAGAGGUUACAGGGGAAACUGGACUACUUGCGCAAUCAGCUCAACGACACAAUCCUCUUUAAAAACAUCUACAGAUACGCCUUCGACUUUGCCAGAGAGAAGGACCAGAGGAGUCUGGACAUGGACACAGCUAAGUCCAUGCUAGCGUUGCUACUGGGGAGAACAUGGCCACUGUUCCCUGUCUUCAACCAGUUUCUGGAGCAGUCCAAGUACAAGGUGAUGAAUAAGGACCAGUGGUAUAACGUCUUAGAGUUUAGUCGUACAGUCAGUACAGACCUCAGUAACUAUGACGAGGAUGGAGCCUGGCCGGUGUUAUUGGAUGAGUUUGUGGAGUGGCAGAAAGCUCGGCUGGCAGCACUAUAGGGGAGGACACUCCCCAAACCGCAGAAGAGGAGAAAGAGGGAGCAGGAAAGCAAAAGGGCGAAAGAAAACACACAUGAGGAUGUUCUGCCUCCAUUUGAAAUAUACAGAAACGGCACACACACCUUCCAUGGACUGUGCACACAUACACGCAUACAGUGUCACGGAGCGCACACACACUUCCAGUGAUGGCCUCUGUGCUUCGUGGGACAAACAGUGAAGUCCUCUCUUUCUCUCUGAAGAGACUUUUUCAGUGUUAAUUUAAACAAGUUAAACAAGAAGAAAAUAACUAAAGAUGAACUAUUUUUCAUAUGUAUUGCAUCUGUGGCCACAGUUCUCUAGCCAGUGUUGUUAAGAUCGACUGGGGAAUUUUUCUGUUUCAUUUAACAUUUUUUCCAUUAAUUUGAGUCUUACCUUGUUUAUAGUAUGUCUUCAGAACAAGAAUAAAGAAUGGAAUUGUACCAAA